AGGAAGAAAGCAGGAACACUCUAAGCACCAGAGAGAAUUGUAGCAAAGACAAAAACAAGGAAAUGGGUAAAUGGGGGUUUAUCACUUAAGGAAAUUGCUGAAUAGUUCUCCUACCUUUGGCCAUGUACACAUCCUUACCAACAUUUAGUGUUGUCAGUCUUUUUAAUUUUAACCAUUCUGGUGAGGGUGAAAUGGUACCUCUAGUUUCAGUUUUCAUUUCCUUCAUCUCCAAUGAUGUUAAACAUUUUUUCAGGUGUUAAUAGCUGUUUUUAUAUCUUCCUUUUUGAAAUGUCUGUUCAUCUUUAGCCCCCUCCCUUUUUUUUUUUUGAGUUCUCUCUCUCAGAUCCUACUCAGGUCCACACACUCAGCUCCAGAAACCUCUAUCAAAGAGGAAAUCAUGUCAGUCCACCUCUUUCCUUCCCCUUUGCCGUAUAAAACAAAAACAAACCAACAAAACAAACAAAAUAGCCCAGUUUUUAGUUAGGUUGUUUGUCUUUUUAUUGUAGUUUUGUAGAAGUUCUUUUUAUGUUAUGGAUAGAGAUCUUCCAUGGAUUGCCUGUUUUUUUUCUUACUAGUCUUUUGAUGAACAGAAGCAUUUAUGUUUGAUGAACCCUGGUUUAUCAAUUUUUUUGUUUAUUACUUAAGAAAUCUUUGCUGUCUCCAGAUCAGAAGGGUAUUCGCCUAUGCUUUCUUUUUCUAUAGGUUUUAUAGUUUUAUAUUUUACAUUUAGGCCCAUGAUCCUUCUUGAAUUAAAGUUUGUGCAUAGAUGUUUUAGGGGAUUAUGAUCUUUUUAAAAAUAUAAAUAUUUAGUUCUUUUGUCUUCAAAGCAGCUUGCUGGGAUUGUGUGUGUGUGUGUGUGUUGGAUUUAUAGACCAGUUUUGGGAGAAUAGAGAUCGUAACAGUUUUGAGCUUUCAGAGCCAUUAACAUUGUACAUCUUUUGAUUUUGGUAAUGCUUUGUAGAGUGUAGAGGUCAUGGACUUUUUUUUUUUUUGGCUAGAUUUAAUCUUAGGCAUGUAAAGUUUUUUAUAUUUCAAUUUCCAUUAGUUUUUGCUAUUAGAAAUACAACUGAUUUUUAUAUAUAAACCUUGAGUCCUGCAAUUUUGAUGAACUGACUUAUUCUAUUGUGACUUUUUGUAGCUUCUAUAAGGGUUUUUUGUGUACACAGUAGUGUCUCUGACAAUAUCAAUUUUCUUCUUCCUUCCUGAUUAUUUAAUUAAUUAAUUCAUUUAUUUACGAACUGGUUAGAGUUUCUAUCAUGUUGUUGAAUAAAAAUAGUAAGAACAGGCAUUUCUGCUUUGCUCCUAUCUUAGAUGGAAAAAGUUCAAUGUUUCACAAUUAAGUAUGAUUAUAGACCAAGAUUUUAAAAAGCAUAUGCCUUUUAUCACAUUGAAGAAAUUACUUUCUAUUGCUAGUUAUGCUGAGAGUUUCUAUCAUAAAAGGGUAUUGAGUUUUGUCAAGAAAACAAAGAUUUUUUUCUGCAUCUAUUGAGAUAAUAUGGUACUUCAUUUUUACUCUAUUACUGUGGUGAGUUAUGAUUCAUUUUGUUGAUGGUUUCCUUUGCUAUGCAAAAGACUGUAAGUUUGAUUAGGUUUAUUUUUGCUUUUGUUACUUUUCUUUGGGUGUCAAAUCCAAAACAAUCAUCACCAAGACCUAUGUCAAGGAGCUUACUGCCUAUGUUUUCUUCUAGGAAUUUUCUUGUUUCCGGUCACUGAGGUCUUUUUCUGCCUGUUUCAGAGUUGCACUAAAACCCCGCACCGAAGCCAGUCUUGUUUUGAGGAUAGAAAAUGCAAAGAUGACUUCUGGGGUUUGCAUGCCCUGUCCUUCCCAGGGUUAACAUUACAAGGCGGCAGAAUUACAAGAUGGCCUCAACUUGUACCUAGGGAGACUGUGGAAAGAUCCCUAGUCCUAUUUUAUGAGGCUCAUUCAGGAUUAGAGUCUCAGCUUUAGAGGUCCGGUCCUCCGGGUGAAGACUUGGACUUCAGAGUUAGGACUCUAGCACCUCUUCAUGAAUAAAUUACCUCCUUUUAAAAGGCCAUCAGAGCUAUAAUCCAGGAAUAGUAGGUCAAGUUCCCUUGGGGAUUUGCUUAGGGAGGUCUUGAGUUUGCUACACUAGCAGAGAUUUUAAGCAGGUACCUGGGGAAGUGGAGCGUGGAUACAGCAGUAUGAAGUAUUAGAGCGGUUAGGUGGAGUACCAUAAGUUUGGAGAAGGGUCCAUAAAACUGAGAUGGGUCCAAGUCACCUGGAGGUAGAGUUGUCAUCCACGUGAUUUCUAAACAGUCUCUACCAUUCCUGGUUCAGAGUUAUCUCCCAGGCAGGGAGGGCGGAGAUUAUGUGAACAGCACUGGAUCAGCUGACUAACCCCUCCUUUCUGCUGCCAAGGUUAGGGAGGGUGAGGAGAGACUGUCUAAUGGUUUCCUCACAGAGGGAGGAGGGGCCCAAGGGCGAGAGGGGACAAACAGAACGGAAGAUGGGCAGAACCACUCACUUAUUUCUCCCCAAGCCCCCAGCCAGCACCUUUCCUUCGCUGCCUGCGCAUCAGGUCCCCUGUGCGGGGGCGGGGCAGGGGUCUCGGCCCCGCAGCUUCUACAGGAGCAAGGAUGGCGGGGCAGCAGGCGCUGCUUCUAGUCGGAUUCCUACUGCCUGGCCUCCUCCUCUCAGAGGCUGCCAAAAUCCUAACUCUGUCCCUGGUGGGUGGAAGCCAUUUUCUACUGAUGAAUCGGGUCUCUCAGAUUCUUCAAGAUCAUGGUUGUAAUGUCACCAUGCUUCUCCAGAGAGGAAAUUUAUUGCCACCAGGUUUUACAGAGGAGGAGAAAUCAUACAAAGUUAUUAACUGGUUUCUACCUGAAGACGAUAACAAAGAAUUUAAGAAGUCUUUUCAUUUCUUUAUGGAAGAAACUUUUGAGGGCAGGAAUGGAGAGUUCAAAGAUAUAUUUUCUAAGAACUGGCAUAGAGAGUGCUGGGGAUUUGGAGCACACGUGCCGCGGAGUGGCUGGGCCCGUGAGCCAUGGCCGCUGAGCCUGCGCAUUCAGAGCCUGUGCUCCGCAACUGGAGAGGCCACAACAGUGAGAGGCCCGCGUACCGCAAAAAAAAAAAAGAAUGAGAACUUUGACCUGGUGAUAGUGGAAAUUUUUGACUACUGGCCUUUCUUGCUUGCUGAGAAGCUUGGAAAGCGCCCCCUGUCUUAUGUGCCAGUAUUCUAUUCCUUGUUAACUGACCACAUGGACUAAUGGGGCUGAGUAAAGAAUUCCCUGAUGUUCUUUUGCCCUUCAUUCUUUUCUAUCCCAGGCCUGAUGUCAGCAGCCAUCAAAGUCACACUGCUGCCUUUGUUAUUUGCAGCAGGGCACCCUCACGUCCACCUUUUUGUCACUCAUGGUGGGAUAAAUAGUGUCAUGGAGGCCAUCCAACAUGGCCUGCCCAUGGUGGAGAUUCCCCUCUUUGGAGACCAGCCUGAAAACCUGCUCCGAGUAGAUGCCAAAAAUUUCGGUGUCUCCAUCCAGUUAAAGCAGAUCAAGGCUGAGACAUUGGCUCUGAACAUGAAGCAAGUCAUAGAGGACAAGAGGCAGAAAUCUGCCAUGGUCGACACCAGCAUCAUGAAGCGCUCCCACCCCCUGACCCCCAGCCAGCGGCUGGUGGGCUGGAUCAACCACAUCUUGCAGACAGGGGGUGCGGCUCACCUCAAGCCCCACACCUUCCAGCAGCCGUGGUGGCAUGAGCAGUACCUGCUGGACCUCUUCUCGUUCCUGCUGGCGGUCACCCUGGGCACCGCGUGGCUGUGUGGGCAGCUGCUGGGCCUGGUGGCCAGGUGCUGUGUGGGACCAGGAAGCUGAAGAAGGCCUGAGGCCAAGUGGAGCCUUGGAAGGUGGUGUGUUUGGGUAGAGUCAGCAUUUCUUGGCAUCUCCCACCAGUUUUGUCAACCCUCAUUCUCCACAUCCUAUCCACUUGCUAUUUUGCUACAAAUUCCUGCUGACUGGCUUCUUCCUAUUGUUGACUUAAAAAAAUAUAUGCACAACGUGAGAGUUGCGAGUUAAGUUUUAUUUGGGGCAAAAUGAGGACUGUAUCCUGGGAGACAGCAUUUCAGAUAACUCUGAGAAACUGCUCCGAGGCAGCGAGGGGAGGUGCCAGGAUAUUUAGGAGUUUUGCAACAAAGAGCAAGUAAUUGGGAACAUCAGAAGAUUGUUGUUAAAUAAAGAAAACCGGAUAUCUCAAGUUAAGGAAUUUAGCACUUUUUCUGUGUAUGGGAAGAUGCAAAGAGUCUGGGCUCACCGAAAGCAUUCCUUUGGUAAUGCACCUUAGCUGUCUGGGGCCUGUAUUUUUACAUCCUGAGUUUCCUCAGGCCUCACUGCAGGGAGUGGCUGCAGUCUGAGGACUGCUAGAUGGCAGGUAUUUUCAGUCCUGAGUUUCCUCAGGCCUCACCAGCUCACUGUGGAGGGCUGCAAUCAUUGGUGACUGUGACAUCCUUUGUUUAUUGAUAUGGCAGGAAAUAUUCCAUGUAUAAAUACUCCAUUCCAUUUAUAAAUAGUCCAUUUAUCACCAUGAUUAGAAUACUUUACUGAGCCCUUGUGGCCUUCUUUAUUUUCAGUCAGCAAAGGCUGUUCUGUGAUUCCGUCCCUGGAUAAUUUGGACCAGUGCCCCUCAGAUCUGAAGCUUUGAAGCCACCUUCCUUAUCACGCCCUUCUUCACGGCACUGAGCCUGAACCAUUCCAGCCUCCAUGCCCAGCAUCUUCUCAGCCUCCUUCCCUCACUCCACUCCACCACUUAUCAUGGAAUAACCCCUAAGGCAGGCGCUUUGCUGAUGCUUUUGUUUUCUAUUUGCUUCUCCUGCCAACUCUGGUCAAAGCUCAGGAAGCAUGUCCGGGGCGGGCAUUCAGUGCCAGACACACCCUUGCCUGUGUCCAUGGUCUCUGCCUUGGUUUCUGCUGAACACUCCUUUGCAGAUCGGGUGUGGAGACUGCAGGUUGGUCAUGGGCUGAAAUGUCCCCGGUCUCCACUUUUCAUAGCUGUGAGCUGUCUUCUCAAUAUUCCUAUUAAAAAAAAUGAAGUCAUGAGAAAGAAGAUAAUUUCUUCUUUAAACUAAGAAGAGCCUCUCCAUAGCUGAGCCUUUCUGUACUUGACAUACUGUUGGGAAUCGCAUUCACCUGAUAGUAACAGAAACCAGAAA